UAAAAUUUGACAUUAAGUGUUUAGCUUUGCUGUGUCAUUUGCGGUUAGUAUUUGGAGAAGUAUUUCCUAUUAUCAUUUGAGAAUAUUAUAGCAAAAAUGGCUUCUGAACGCUAUAGCUUUUCCUUGACUACUUUUAGCCCCUCCGGUAAAUUGGUUCAAUUAGAAUAUGCUUUAGCGGCAGUUGCUGCUGGGGCAACAUCAGUGGGUAUCGUUGCCUCGGAUGGUGUUGUAAUCGCUACUGAAAAUAAAUAUAAGUCGCCCCUAUACGAAGAGCAUAGCGUACACCGAGUUGAACCUAUCACUGACCAUAUUGGUAUGGUGUAUUCUGGUCUUGUGCCGGAUUACCGCCCACUUCUCAAACGGGCACGAAAAAUGGCUCAGCAGUACUAUUUGGUUUACAAAGAGCCAAUGCCCGUCUCACAAUUGGUACAACAGGUUGCCAAUGUAAUGCAAGAAUAUACGCAGUCGGGUGGCGUAAGGCCUUUUGGUGUCUCUUUGCUUAUCUGUGGUUGGGAUUCCGGCAAACCAUAUUUAUUUCAAUGUGAUCCCACUGGCGCAUUUUUCGCUUGGAGAGCAACUGCUCUUGGUAAAAAUGCCCAAAGUUGUAAAACUUACAUGGAAAAAAGAUUUAACUUACAAUCUAAUAAUUCUGUGUCUCAAUCCCUGGACGAUGCAGUAGUCGACGCUAUGCGUACACUAAAAGGUGGAUUCGAGGGCGUAAUGACCAAGGAUAACAUCGAAGUGGGAAUCUGCACUGAAAAAGGGUUCAGGCGGCUUACACCUACCGAGAUAGACGACCAUCUUUCAAAUGCCAACUAAAUUUUUUUAUCGCAAAUAAUCAACUCGUUUGUACAACCUUAUUCAGAUAAAACUUCAAGAAGUAAAAAUAACAUCG